GAGUAUGCGGGACCAUACCUCCCACAAGCCGUCAAGUGCAAGACAACACCUGGUAAAUAAAAGAGAGUAGUAUCCACUUGUGUGGGGCUUCAGAGCACUCUGCUUCACUCUUCACAACCAUGUCUCAGGCUGACUUUGAGAAAGCUGUGGAUGAAGUAAAAAUACUGAAGGUCCGACCAUGUAGGAGUGAGCUGAAUCACGUUUACGGAUUAUACAAGCAAUCAACUGUGGGGGAUGUCCCCUUCGAGCGGCCUGGGAUACUUGACUUUGCUGGGAGAGUUAAAUGGGAUGCAUGGAUCGUAAAGAAAGGAAUGACCAAAGAAGAAGCCAGACAAGCUUACAUUGACCUCGUGGAGGAGCUGAAAGAAAAGUAUGGCCUGGAGGAAUCAAAAUGAGACAGAAAUUCACUUCUCAGAGAAAAUAUUUUCUUUUAAUUCCUCAGGGACAUUCUUUCAAUAUUUGUGUAAAAACCCAACAACCAUAGAAUCUGUAAUCAAAGCCAUAGUUUAAUCAAAUGUCAUCUAUUGUACACGUUAUACCCACAAGUAAUCGAUAUCACAAAGAAUAUGUGUAGUGCAAGUGUGCAAAGUAGCAGUGUGUGAAUAUAUUAUAUCUUGUGGACUAUGGUCAUUUUGAUAAAAAAAAAAAAUGAAGAAACGAAA